UUUCACGAGAGAUCCGGACCUUUCGGCUCGGACUAUGCUGAAAUCAUGGCCGUGAAAUUCACCGAGGAAGACGAAGCGUUUAUGAAAGAGGCUCUACUCAUGGGAGAAAGUGCGCUGGAAAACGACGAGACACCAGUGGGAUGUGUUUUCAUCCACGACGGCGCCGUUCUCGGACGAGGAAUGAAUGAAACGAACAAGUCGCUAAAUGGGACUCGUCAUGCAGAGCUUGUAGCCAUAGAGCAAAUUCUCAGGAAGUAUUCCCUGCAAAUAUUGAAAGAGACGGUGCUUUACGUCACGGUUGAGCCGUGCAUUAUGUGUGCAUCGGCUCUCCGUCAGUACGGCGUGAAGAAGGUAUACUUUGGAUGCCACAAUGACAGGUUUGGGGGAACAGGAAGCGUGCUAGAGAUUCAUAGCGAUCCCAGCAUUGACCCGCCUCUUGAAGUAAGGGGAGGGCUAUAUAGAGAGGAAGCCAUCAUGCUCCUGAGGAGAUUCUAUGUACAGGAAAACGUAAAAGCCCCCGAUCCAAAGCAGAAGAAGACUAGAGAGCUCAAAACCGAGAUCCUCCCUCUGGACAUCAACAAAUGAUGAUCCUCAGUUCCAACACCAAAAGUCAAUACCUGUCGCUCGG